CCUACAGCUGUUGUGGAUAAAGAUGUAAUCCGUGAGAUUUUCGCACAAAUUUCCAACCGAUCAUCAAAGCAAAGUAAUUUUCUAUUCAACGUGUUCGACGCAUUUUCGAUUCCCCGAUUCGAAUUUGAUGCUGAUUGCCGCAAGAUACUACCUGUAUCAAGGAGUAGCAAAGUCGUUUCCGAUGUUGACAAAGCUACGCAGGCGCUGAGACACCGGUUUCAACUGGUGGCGCAGCGAAUAGGACGAUGUCGACAGUUACAAAGUAUCAAAUUCAGCACGAUUGAAGCCCUGCUGAGUAGUUCACAUCGGCAAAGUGAUGUAGUCGUUGUUGGAAUGCUUACACAACAGAAGGCAUGUUCUUAUCACUUGCGAUUUAAUCACUGCUUUCAUAUAGAAGAUCUCACUGGUUCUGUGCAAGUAAAAUUUGAUGAAAAUACCAAAUUUCAGUUAGGCAUUUUCACAGAAGGAUGCGUUGCCAUUUUUCAGGGCAGCUAUGAAGCUUCUUUGCUCGAUGUUCGAGAAGUUGCAUCCAUACCUAUAGAAAGUGCUGUAGAUACUCGCAGUACUUUUGGAAACGUAAAUUGGUUCGGGGGUGAUGAUGCGGUAGCAUUCCGAUGUAACGUAAAACUCUGCGUUGCCGAACGUAGUAAUCCAAAUGCGCAGAUCAUUCUUAUUUCGGAUGUUCAUUUAGACGAUUUCAAUGUCAUGAAAGCUUUGUACCAUAUGCUAAGUGGAUUUUCUAAUGAUCCUCCGCUCGCAUUUAUAUUCUGUGGAAACUUUUGUUCUAAACCAAGGCAAAGGGACACAAUGGAUAUCCUUCACAAAGGUUUUCAG